UAGAGAAGUGCAGUUGGAGUAGGUCAUAGAAGAGGAUGAGACAAGGGCUGUGCUGUGGAAACUUCAAUUAUAUAUUGGUCUAAGACAAGGACGUGGCCAUGGAAACGGAAACAGAAACUAUAAGAAACCCGAGAGUGCAGGUAAGAUGCCUUCCCCUUAAGAUUAGAUAGCACACAGGUUAAGUCUCUCGGUGAGGGCAGACUGCUCUUCCCUUUGUCUCACUAUGGACCUGCCAUCUUUAUUGUUUUGUAUACUUUUGGAAGUCCUGGCUGUAAACUGCGAAGACCACGCUCAGGGACGCAUAGUGGGAGGAUAUGCUCCAGUUCCGCAUUCAAUCAAGUACAUUGUGUCGAUACAGACAAUGGACCGCCAGCACAUCUGUGGGGGCUUCUUGAUAAAUAAGUACUGGGUAAUCACAGCAGCACACUGCAACAUUGGGGUAAACAAAAUGCUGAUAGUAGCAGGAGACUACUCUUUGACCAUUUACGAGGGGACGGAACAAGAAAUCCUGCCACACCUUUUGGUGCCCCACCCUACGUACAACAGCACCACGAACAACUGUGACAUUAUGCUCAUUAAGCUGAGGGCCCCGAUCUAUCUGAGCAGCUACGUGUCCGUUGCUCUGCUGCCCCGGCAAGACACCACCGUGGCCGAGGGCAAAGAGUGCCGAGUGUCAGGCUGGGGUUACACCAGCCCCAACGGAGGCCAGAUCCCCUCCACGCUCCGCACCGUCAAGCUCCCCAUCAUCUCCACAGAAAAAUGCAACGACACCGAGUCGUUCAACGGCAGCAUCACGGAGAACAUGCUCUGCGCCGGUUACAGCACCGGCGGGAAGGAUGCCUGUCAGGGGGACUCCGGGGGUCCGCUUGUAUGCGACGGCCGUGUCUAUGGGGUGGUGUCCUGGGGAAGAGGCUGCGCCGAUGCUCAGUUUCCUGGAGUCUACACCGCAGUGUCCAAGUUCCGCAGGUGGAUCGACAACACCAUAUUUAGCUACUACAGCAGAUGUACCAAGGACUAGAGCCCAGUGUUACUCAGUGCAAACUCGACAUCGUUCAUUUCAUGGCUGCCUUCUUAUAUCCAGCAUAAUUUUAGUUUAACCAUUUGUGCACAUUUAAGUAUAUGUGUUACAGGAAUAUUUUGGGUACUAUACACGGGCAAUAACCAAAGUGUAAAAACUACACAUUGUUAUCAUUUGGUGACUUAUUUCUUAGCGCUAAGCUAAGUCUCUUCAUAUGGAGAGGACCGAUGUGAGAGCGGUAUCAAUCUAUUCGUAUUUUAAGGCCUUUCAAAAACAAUAAAAAGUGAUGGAUGAUCCACUAACGUCCACUGGCUAAACAGGACAGUUCCACAACAUCAAGAGUGAGGUGCCAUAUCAUUGUCUUUCAAAAUCAGAGCUUCCAGUCUGAGCGUAGAAGCAUUUGAAAUGCUGUAAGCAGGGGGGAGCACUCACAAUUGUACUAACCAGUUAGAAUAAACAUCAUCAUAUGAGAGUUUAAUGCUCUAGUGAUAGAUACAAGAGCAGCAGUUCUAGACAUUUAAUCCAAUACGAUAUAUGAUCUUUGUGAAGCACACAACGUUUUCAUUAUGAUAAUUAUAUUAAAACUUAUCUCUAAUGAAUAAUCGGUUUAUCAGAUUAAGUUCCAUUUUCUUACAAUAUUGCAAAGUACUAGUCUUUGGUGCUAACAGUGCCUCUAGGAAACUGUGGUGGUCAUUUUAAACCAUUUUAUGACACAGAUGAAACAAAUUCAGGACAGAAUGUUGCUGUUUUUUUGGUUUGUGGCUUUGUUGCACCGGACAACAAAAACAAGCAUCAGACAAUAAAAUCCAUGUUUUUCAUCUGCUCUAAUAUUGAUUUAACGUGCAAUGGACAAAUGCAUCGAUUCAUUCCUUUGGCGUCACAUUUAAUCAAUAAAAAAACAUGCAUGCAUAUAGACAUACAUUUCUGUCCCGUCAGUUUUAAUGUUUA